CUGUGCCCGGCGGCGGCGGCGUUUCCCCGCUGCCUCCCCCGCGCCCGAGCCCGGGCAGGUGAAGGGCCUGGCCCCGCCCCCGAGCCGGGCUGGGCCACCUGGCGCGUCCCGGCUGCUGCAGCCGCGUCCCGGGGCUCGGAACCUCCCCGCCCAGGUUAGGAACAAGACAUCAGAUGGCCAUGGAAUAGCCCAAGAAUGUAAAGCCCUGAAAUGCACAUAGCUCUAAUUUAGCGGGGACUUUGGAAGCAUCCCUGAAGAUGAGGCUAUUCCGACGAAAUUAUGGCCCAUUGAAGCUGGCUUUGGUGGGUGUGGUCUUUGUGAUCUUCCUCUUCAUAAUACAGAAGGAUGUCGGGAAUGGGGACCACACCGAGGAGCCCUGGCUGAAAAACAUUGUCGAGAGGAAAGACCAAGUGAUUGACAUGAUGAUGGGGGCAGUAAAUAACAUUCGCGACUCGAUGCCAAAGCUACAGAUCCGGGCUCCGGUUCAGCAAGAGGUACCUUUGCAAAGCAGCAAGUCCUGCCUUCCAGGCUACUAUACCCCAGCUGAACUGAAACCACUGAUGGAACGACCGCCCCAAGACCCCAACAGCCCAGGAGCUGAGGGCAAAGCUUUUAAAAAGGACCAGUGGACACCGCAGGAGACCAAGGAGAAGGAACGCGGCUAUGAGAAGCACUGCUUCAAUGCCUUUGCCAGUGACCAGAUCUCUCUCCAAAGGGCGCUGGGACCUGACAGCCGACCUCCAGAGUGCAUUGAUCAGAAGUUCAAGCGCUGCCCGCCGUUGCCCACCACCAGCGUCAUCAUCGUGUUUCAUAACGAGGCCUGGUCCACCUUGCUCCGCACCGUGUACAGCGUCCUGCAUUCCUCCCCUGCCAUCUUACUGAAGGAGAUCAUUUUGGUGGACGACGCCAGCACAGAUGACUAUUUAAAAGACCAACUGGAUCUCUACGUGAAGCAGCUGCAGAUAGUGAGAGUUGUGCGGCAGCAGGAGAGGAAAGGGUUAAUAACUGCACGACUACUCGGCGCCGGGGUGGCGAGCGGAGAGGUGCUUACUUUCCUGGAUGCUCACUGCGAGUGUUUCCACGGCUGGCUGGAGCCUCUCUUAUCCCGUAUCGCAGAGGAACCCACUGCUGUAGUGAGUCCAGACAUCACCACCAUCGACCUGAAUACCUUUGAGUUUUCCAAGCCAAUCCAGUAUGGAAAGCAACACAGUCGGGGAAAUUUUGACUGGAGUUUGACCUUUGGGUGGGAGGCCAUUCCUCCUAAGGAGAAGCAGAGAAGAAAAGAUGAGACCACCCCUAUCAAGUCUCCUACCUUUGCUGGUGGCCUCUUUGCGAUCUCCAAGUCUUAUUUUGAACACAUUGGUUCCUAUGACGACCAGAUGGAGAUCUGGGGUGGGGAGAAUGUGGAAAUGUCCUUUAGGGUUUGGCAGUGUGGUGGCCAGCUGGAGAUCAUCCCCUGCUCGGUGGUUGGGCACGUGUUCCGCUCCAAAAGUCCACACACUUUCCCAAAAGGAACUCAGGUCAUCUCCAGGAACCAAGUGCGCCUGGCGGAGGUCUGGAUGGAUGACUACAAGGAAAUCUUCUACAGAAGAAACCAGCAGGCCUCGAAGAUGGCCAGAGAGAAAACGUACGGCGACAUUACAGAACGGCUCAAACUGAAGGAGCAACUGCACUGUAAAAACUUCACCUGGUAUCUACAAACUAUCUACCCAGAGAUCUUCAUCCCAGAUUUGACUCCAACCUUCUACGGAGCAAUUAAAAAUGAAGGGUCAAAGAAUUGCCUGGAUGUCGGCGAGAACAAUCACGGAGGGAAGCCACUGAUCAUGUACCCAUGCCAUGGGAUGGGCGGCAAUCAGUAUUUCGAAUACACGUCCCAGAAGGACCUGCGGCACAACAUCGGCAAGCAGCUCUGCCUCCGAUCUGGCUUUGGGCCGGUGGAGCUGGGAGACUGUCACUUCACAGGAAAAAACUCACGUGUUCCAGGAAAUGAAGAAUGGGAACUGACCCAUGAUCGUCUGAUUAAAAAUGUGGCCUCUAACAUGUGUUUGUCGGCAAGAGAUGAGCAUCCAUCUAUGACUUCCUGUAACCCCUCAGAUUCUUAUCAGCAGUGGUUCUUUACCGAAGACGUAUAGUGAAGACAAAACCAGUGUCAGCAAGAAAUGUGCCAGCCCAUCUCACUUUGAGAUCUUGAUUCCAAACUGCACUCAGGAAAACAGAAGCUAAGACUCUCUCCUUUUAUUUAAAAGAAGCUAACGUCUUAAAUAUGCUGCAUUUCACAGUUGCCUUUAAUUCUACUCUGUGCCUUUGGGAUAAGACUGUGUAAUACGUGGAGAUUUUUGUACCACUUUUUCUAAGAGACUAAGCAGACUUCUCGUUUGCAGCCUACGUGAGUGUCAUAUUGUAACAUAUCCAAAGAUAAAUAACAUGGGACCAACUACAUCCAUAAUUGCAUGAAUGAUCAAUCCCACGUCCUAAGCCCCGGAAAAUUGGACCACAACCAGUCAGAAUGCAAGAGAUGAGACUGAAUACAACACAUGUCGCAAAGAAGCAGUGCCAGCUGGCCUCUGAAUAUGUCUCAUGCCAAAGAUAGUAUCCGGUGUCCUCUAGUUAUCACAUAGGCUUGCAUGCAAAGGCAGAUCAGGAUGCUGCAAGAAGAAAUUGCAGCGUCACGGUCAGGAGAGCAUGUUCGUGCUCUCUAGCACAGGCUCUUGUUUAAUGAGAUUUUUUAACCCUGAAGAAGGAGAUAAGUGUGUGCAUCUAAAACAUAACACCAGGGUGCAUUGUUGUGCGAAAUCCCAGCCUGUUGCACCGAAUGAAACCUGUGUGUUGCCUAGGAAGCUCUUGCCAGCACAAGGAGAUAGUAGUACUAAUUGUGUUGCAAAUAAAAAGGACUUUCUGUGCAGUUAAUCCCCCAAAGGAGAGAUGGAUCGUCAUUUACUUGGCCCAUGCAGGGAAGUGGCCUGGUGAUGGUGCUGCUGAGCAUAGACUAGCAGGGGAAAGCCUGAUACGAUGGCAGUACUGCUUGAGAGAUGGGUACUCUGAACCUGCGAGAUCAUGGUGGUGGUUGGAAUGAAGAUUAUGGAAUUAGCAUGCAGAGUAUGGGAGGAGGAUUUUUUUUUAAUCACUGGAUCAGUGCACAUGCAACACAGAUCCUGAGAUCCAGCAAGCUCAUGGCUUUUGAUUUCCUUGUGCAAUGAAGUAAUACUACCAUCUUUAACUUAGAGCGUGUGCCAGUCGAGGGACAUAUGUAGUGCCACUUUUAUCCUGGGCUGUCUGCUUCACUUUCGUGCUUGGGUUUUGGUACUUUAUAAAAAUCUGCAUCCAAGUAACGCCUCCGAUGACUCAUCCCCCACCCAUAGACAGUUUAAAUUAAGCAGUACGCAAGCAGAGUAACUGGUUUUUACAGGAUAUGCUGCUGCAAAUCCAGGAUGCUUGCAGUCUUCAGAAUGUGUGUGUGGAGGGCAGAGGGGAUUUCUUUACUGGAGGGAUUAGGUUAAACUCUGAUGCUGAUCCCCCUGUCUCCUGUACUAAACUGUGCAGCUCGUUUCUCUACCAUUUUAGCAUCUUGUGGAAAGAUGGCCUAGUAGGAGAGUGAAUGUAAGCCCUUUUUUGAGACUUGAAUACUGUAGUUUACAUUAGUUUCUAAGCAAUUCCAUUUCAUUUUAAUUGAAAAAUCUUCCUGGAAAUGGGGGAGACGACCUACCUUUGGACAUGUGACCCGAACCUAAAAUAAAGAGAUGUUCUAUUUUACAAAA